AUACCACCGAUCAAAAAUCUUAUACAAAAACUCAGCGAAUGUCACGAAGAAGAAAUACCAAAAAUAGUAGAGUCAGCUAUCGACUGGAGCUAUCCACGGGGAGAUCUCUUUCAUUGGAUCGGUGUUCUGAAUCGGUUUGAUACUAUGCUCGAAAAUAUCUGUAAAAAUUAUAAUUUGAAGAAGUUGCAAACAUCAAAAUUCUCAGAGGGAGUUCGCGUCGUAUUAGUGGCAAUAUUGAAAUUUUCGCGGGUGUUGUUAGAAAACUGCACGAAUAGAAAUUUGUACAGUUCUUAUGAGCAUCUUAAUGACUUGUUAUAUACAAGCGAUUUGGAUGUUUUAGAGGUUUUGUUGCGUUUGAUUCUUCGACCUGCACAACGACUCAGUAAUCAGCGAGCACUCCGCACCAAUUUUACCAUUUCUCCUGAACGCAUUUUAACGUUGGCUCACAGUUGGGGCACAAAAGAAUACGAUCUUGAAAUGGAACAUCUUUCAUCUGAUGAUGUAAUUAUUCCAGAAGAGUUGACUACUUUAAAUUAUCAGUUUUAUCGGCAUCUAACCCCAUCGGAAGCUGCUGAAACUACAGUGGACAAGAAAAAUGAUGCCACCACUCCUACUCAGUCUCAGAAAAGUCAAAGAAAAGAUAGUGCAUCAAGUUCGAGUGGAACCAAAACUGGAGAAGGCGUUACCUUAAUUUCUAUGAAUAAUGUUCGUCAACUGGGAGAAACAGAUAUGAACAUUUUAAAUACUGUUGUUCAGGAUUAUAAUGUUCCUGAAGAAUUUCACUUUGCCCUUUUGAAUCGAGUUCGAAUUGUCACCAGCAUUUCAACGACUGAUGCCAGGCGAAGACUCUUAAUAAUACGAUUACUUGCCGUUGCCAUAAUGGCUCACGUUAUCCCCGAACAUGUUGCUCAGUCUAAAUUGUUCUUAUAUGAACCAGACAUUGUUGCAAACCUUGCUAAGCUAGUUCACCCAGAUCGAAACGUGCCAUUUGAUAUUCAAACGGUUGCACUUUACGCUUUGGAUGGGAUUAGUAGAUAUCGAUCGAAGCUUGGUGAAGUUUUAACAGCCAUAAAUGCCUCUGCAAAUCAUGGCAUUCUCCUUUAUGUCUUGCGAAGGGUUAUAGCGGAUCUAGAGCGCGAUAAUCCCAUAUACCCUCAAGAAUACUAUGAUGCCCUCUUCGCAUUAAUAUCUUAUAUCAUUACUACACAAACCGGUGGAACGAUGGUUAUAUCAGCCGGAAUUGUUCCAACACUUUUGCAGUUACUUAACAAUAAGAAUUCACAUCAAUUAAAAAAUGUGACAAAAGCAGUUUUUAUCCUGGACAGUCUCGUCUAUGGAUUCAACACGUCAUUUACUUCAUUUUGUAAUGCUAAUGGUGUCCGUGUAUUAGUUGAUAGAAUUAAGGAAGAAGUUGAUAAUGGCAUACAACUUGUUAAAGACGCUCGAGACAAUCAAAUGGAAGGUAUCACAAUCGCAAAUGCAUCUGCAUCUGCAGGAUCAUCCUCAGAAGUCGGAGAGUCUGUCACUAUUGAAAACGAUAUUUCUCUUCCUUAUGAACGGGCAUCAUUGCUCAAGUCAAUGUUAAAGUUCGUUUUACAUAUGAUGCAAGCCUCUGGUACUGCAGAUGGUCUGCGCAAUCUUAUCGACACUUCACUACCAGAUUCGUUGAAAAAGGUCUUUGAACAGCCAAAUGUGUUUGGUAGCAGCAUAUAUGCACUAGCCAUCAACUUGAUCGCUACAUUCAUACAUAAUGAGCCUACUUCGCUCCCGAUUAUGCAGGAAGCCAGACUUCCACAAACAUUUUUAAAUUCUAUUUCUAAGGAAAUUCCAGCUUCAGUUGAUGUGAUUCAAUCAAUUCCGAAUGCGUUCGGCGCUAUUUGCUUAAAUGCUCAAGGGAUGGAAAUUUUUAACCAGCUUUUUAACCAGAUGAGUCCAAUCGACAAAUUCUUUACUAUUUUUACAUCAGAAGAACAUUUGCGUUCGCUUCAAGACUCGGAUGUUGCAUCAGUUUUGGGAACUUCAAUCGAUGAAUUGAUGCGACAUCACCCAAGCUUAAAGCAAAGUAUCAUGAACGCGAUAAUGACCACUCUUCAGCGCAUUAUUGAACUCGGUCAUAGCUCGUCAAUUAAAGACAGUACAAGUAUAUUGCACGCAGGCAGUGAUGAUGAUCAAGUUGUUAAUUCAGAAAUUUUAGAUGGACCAAUUGACACAAAAAUGUCAGACUCUGAUAAUACUAAAUCAGAUGAGAAUAAAACAGAUGAGAAAAAAGAAAAUACAGUUGUAGCGUUCAUUGAAAUUGCAGCACGAUUUUUGGAAGGUCUUUUUCAAACACAAAAUCAUUGCAAAGAAUUUUUAAAACAGGAAAAUGGGCUCAACAUUAUUUUAAAGUUUUAUGCAUUACCAGUUUUACCAUAUGAAUUUGGCUGUUCUCAAGCUUCAUAUUCUCUUUCACAUUUAAUGAGAGUUAUUGCAGAUGUAGAUCCAAAGCGAAGCAUUUCUGCAAUUGUUGGUGCCCUUAAUGAAACACUUCAGGGAGCGACAAAUUUUCUAUCAUACGAAGGAAAGGGAAUUCUCUCAGAAUAUAUUGAUCUAAAAGAAAAUGAUACAACAAAAAUAGAAGAAGCAAACAACACGUUCAGGACCUUAAUUACACUUCAUGGAUAUGUUGGGUUGCUAUCUGAUGUGUAUUGUACACCAGUAUUUUCACACGGUAAAAGUGCAUCUUCAGUGAUUGAUGCUUUUAUUGGAACUGACAAUGAUGUAUUACCAACACUCGGAAAACUUCAUCGAGUCUGUGUUUGGGAAAAUGUAAUUUUGAAAUCAUCCGUUCCAAAAUCUUGGUAUAAUCUCCCGUCAAAAACAAAGAAACCUUCACAUUUUCCUGAAUCAUCAUCAAGUUUAACAUCUGCGUUAUUGGAUGACUCGGAUAAAGAAACUACAGAUUCAAAUGAGCCACCCGUUGACCAAAAUAAUCGUAAAGUGAAAAAUGCCAAAUGCCUAAAGUUUUUGGUUUCCCAAAUUCCUUCUUGCCUUACACCCUUAUUCCAAGGUUUAGCAAAAAUGCUGUUUAGUCGAAAAUCUCCUGAUGCCUCACAAAAAAAACAGGCUUUCAAAAUUUCAGAUGCUAUUGCAGAAGUUCUCCGAGAUCAUUUAACAUGGCCUCGAUACGGGCUUGACAGCGAAACUGACUCUACAAAUAAAUAUAAUUAUCUUACGAUAAUGCUCGGAUUAUUAUCACUACUUUUCCUGGAUGAACGGAGUCAAGUUUCACUUCAAACAAUGCUUGUUGUUUCAUUUGAUCGUGUUAAGGGUUUGGAGGAGGUGUUCACACUCUUACGCCAGUUCUGGAGUGAGGCUGAGGAAAUUAAAGCCUUUGAAGAAUAUUCAACAAUUGAAGUUGAUGAAAAGUCUAAAGAAAGGCUUUCACGAAUUCACGGAUGCAUUGAUGUUACACUCAACUUUUUCCAAUUUGUUGGAUCAUCAAAGUUGUUACAUGAGUCAGCUCAAACAGUACCAUUGACCACUAAAGACAGAGAUCCGCGUAAUGAACCCUUCGAUCCCUUCAAUUUUAUUGUGAACGUUCGAGCAAAAAUUCUUCCUGUAAUAAAUGAACUUUGGCAAAGUACCUAUCUUCCAAAAGCUCCUCCAAAUAUUGUUCGAUCUGUUCUUCAAAAUUUAGUUCAAAUUUUAAAAGGAGACGGGGAGGUUAAUCAGCGCCCCGAGGGAUCAGGAUCAUCAAGUGGAUUAUCGGCACCUACUUCUACACUAUUUGGUGCUACUAGAUCUUUGGUACCAGACGAAGAACGAGUUCAACAAUUGAUUGAUAUGGGCUUCCCGCGUUCAUCAGCCGAAACUGCGCUCAUACGUUGCAAUAAUCAUGUUCAAGCUGCUACAGACUAUUUGCUUACGCAUCCUCAAACUAUUGCUGCGACAGUUUUCUCAUCGGCACCAUCUACUGAUACAGGCCGAAAUCCGUCUGAUACAACCUCAACAAGAGGUAAUGCACCCACUGAUGCAGGAUCCACAAUUGAUGUGACUGUUCAAGCGCUUGCUUUAUCAAUGCAAGGAAAUCAAACUCCUGUAGAAGGUGCUACUACGAGCGAGGGUUCAAUUCCUAUGGAAACUGAAACUACGUCAACAAAACCCGACAAAGGUAAAGGGAAAGAAGUUGACUAUAUAGACAGAUUUAAAACCCUUAGAGAUGAGCUGAGAUCCACAUCGGCAUCUCGUGCACUUGAACUUCUCGAUGCAGUUGAGGACAUUAUUUUUGAAGUGAAAGACUUAUUUGUACUUCUUAGCAAAGACAAUGCUGAACAGAACAUUGAAUUAAUAAUAAAAAGCAUUGAAACAGUUGGUGGUCAUCCAGAAGAACAACGCAAAAAGGCACUUAAUUCUCGUUUACGUCUUUUAGCUCUUUUAUUGAAUGAGAAUAGUAUACAAGGAAAAAUUCCUAAUUUACCUUUUAAUAUAUUUUCUGAUAUGACAUCUAUGGUUUCUGAGCAAGCUGGGUUACCUUUAGAGAGUCCUUUGCCUAAAUGGAUUGCGCCUGCUUUAUUAGUUAUUGAGGCGUUUAUUUCUUUAUCUGAGGAACCAGUGGGCACUGAAUUAGUUACAAAACCUGAUGAAUCAAAAGACAUUAAUACUUCCUUGAACGGCUUGAAUUUCGUUAAAGCUGAAUCGCGAAUUCAGCUCCUUGAAUAUUGCUUAUCAUUAUUGAAGAGAAAAGAUUUGGACAAAGACAUUAUCAAUGCAUUACUUAGGAUAGUAGUACGUCUUACUCGUCGUUAUUCAGAUGCCAUCGAGUUUGUAAACAAAGAUGGUCUGAAUUUACUUUUCAAUGCAUUCAAGUCGAGGGCCCAUGAUUUCCGUGGACAACAGAUAUUCAUUGUCAUGAUAUUACGGCACGCCCUUGAGGAUGAUUCAGUUUUAGAAUCAAUUAUUGAUAAAGAAAUAAAAAAUUGGUUUGCCAAUCCACGCCCACGUGGUAGUGAUAUCAGUGCAUAUUUACGAAAUAACGCACAAUUUGCUUUGAGGGCGCCUGAAAUAUUUAUUAAAUCCACUAAAAAACUAUGCAAGUUAGCAAGAUAUGAUUCUAGCGGACGUAGUCAACAAAUCACAUUGAUUAAACCAGAGACUGAAGACACUAGCACUUCCACAACUAAAGAUUCGAUCACAACUAAAGAUUCUGUCACUAACGAAGAAGAGAUGACAGAUGCAUUACCGGUACCAUCGACAUCUGUUUCACUUGGAUCUCCCAAAAAAUUUUCAUUUGGUUCAGAAACAGCUGAAAAUAUCGUUCAGUUUAUUGCAAACGAACUGGUCGCAACACGUCUACAAAAGAUUCAAACUUUAGAUACAAAGGUGCCUGAGACUAAUUCAAACGAUCGAAAUGAAAAUGUUAAUUCUGCAGCAACAACCUCUACCUCUACAAAUAGCACAAGUACUCCCCAAUCUGCAUUCAAGCCUGAAGAACAUUUAGAUUAUUUGUAUCGAUGCUUCUUACUUCAAUGUUUAACUGAACUUUUAUCAUCAUAUCCUUCAUGUAAAAUUGAAGUUGUGAAUCUUUCACGCCGCAGAAAUAGUAUGGGAUCUGGCACUCAAUCGAAAUCAAAAACUUCGUUACUGUACUAUCUCCUGAAUGAGUUGUUGCCAUACGGUUGUAUAACACCAUCUACUAAUAUUGAAAUGCGAAAGCGUUAUGGACAAUCCAAAUGGACAACAUCUGCGCUUGUGGCGCUAUGUUCUAAUAUUAGUAGUGAAGUCGAUGAUAAGAAACCACAGCCGGAAAUUAUACAAGUGCGAAAAUUCGUUUUAGAUUGUAUAAUUAAAUCAUUUAGGACUGCAAUUUCUUCAUCAGAUCCUAUAGAAACAAAAUACGGAAGGCUCUUAGCUUUGGCAGAGUUAUGCUAUGCUAUAUUGAAUUCACGUACUGGUCCUAACACCACUGCUAACAAACCAAUUGAAGAUGGUCCCGCUAGUAUCGCCAAAUUAAUGCUGGAUAAAAACUUUGUAAAUACUUUAACAGAUGCACUUGCAGAAGUUGACCUCAAUUACCCUUCAGCAAGAAUCUUGAUCAAUGCUUUAUUAAAACCUUUUGAAUGCCUUACAAAAGUUGCUAUUAAACUGGGUCGAUCACCUGAAGCUCCUAACAAAGAGCAACAACGUCAUGAUAGUAUUUCUUCCAUAUCUACACCAUCUGCCGAUGAAAUGAACCCAGAAACUGAGGACGCACCUGAUUUAUAUGCAACUUCUGUACUUGGAGCACUAGAAGGUAGAGUUGAUAGUGAUGAAAUGGAUGAUGAUAGUUUAGACUCGUCAGUUGACGAACAAAGAUACGAUGAUGGUGAAUUCGAUGAAGGAACUGGUAGUGAUCUUAGUGAUGUUAGCAAUGAUGACGAUUUAGAUGAGGGUGAUGAUGAUAAUGGUGACGACAUGGACGUAGAAAUAGUAGUUAGACAACCAAUCCAUGGUCACUCCGUCGUAUUAGAUAAUGAAGGGAAUGAUGAUCAUGACUCUGAAAUUGAGCAUGGAGUAAAUCAGCAUUUAGAGAAUGAGGAUGAUAGUGAUGAUGAAGGACACCAUGUUAGAGGUAAUGAUGACCAAGAAAUGUGGGAUGUUCAUGAUCAAGUUAUGAUAGAACGUGGUGAUAUUGUCGAAGAAAUUAUUGAUGCGGAAGGACAGCUUCAUAGACACCUAUUAGAUAGUGGAGAUGUAAUCGAUGAUGGUUAUGAUCGCAUAAACUUUAAUUGGGCUUGGAAUCAACCCGGAACACAUUUCAUGAAUGAUGACGAUUUUGGUAUACCAAAUAGAACAGGUCGUGCUUUGUUCAGCUUUGGCAACAGACGUCAUAGGCAUAUACCUGGUCGUCGAACUAUUCUAGAAGUUCCACCCGAAGGUCUUGACUAUGUUAUUGGUGAUCCUGUGGGUUAUGGGUUUAAUUUUGGAACAAAUGAUGAUGUGGACAAUUCCGGAUUGUGGCGCAAUAACAGAACAUUACCCGAUGCUAAUGAUGACAUUACCACUCAUCCUUUACUUGUUAAUCGAUCUCCAACCGUUCCUUCUGUUGCUAGCGUUGAACUUACUAGAGGACGUAGUGCUAGAAAUGGGCCUUUGGGUGAUUGGACACAAUCAAUUGAGGAAUUAAUCGGUGGUGGAGCGGUUCAAUUAUUAGAGCAAUUGUUAACUAGAAGCCGAGGUUUAGGACAUUCAUCUACAUAUAGACUUGAAUUAAAUACUGGAUCAUCAGGGUUAGUGAGUGGCAUUGAAGUUGACCGUGUCUUUCCCAGAACAAUAUCUAGUGGUCAAGAAAAUCAAAAUAUGACACCACCAAGUGAUCCCAUUACUGCAGUUCAAGAAUUUAAGCCUCAUUCAACUGGGCAACGAUGGUACGAUGAAGCACGUAUGAUACUUCGUGCAGAAGCUGAAGCAGCAGCAGUUCCUCAACCAGAAACCGUAGCUGAACAAUCAAUGUCUGAUACAAUAACAAAUAAUGACGAAAUAGUUGAAGUUACUGAAGUUACUGAAGUAAUUGAACUUAUUGAUCCCAUGCAAGAAGAUGCGCCAAUAGUCGAACAAGAGCAAGAACAAGAGCAAGAACGGGCAGGGGAAUCUGUAGAGAUGGAAGAUGAACCAGCUCCCGUUACAACAGAUCUUAAUAUGGAAGAAGGACCUUCAGUUGUUCCAGAUAACAGUCAAUCUCAAGGGGCAGCUGGAGAUACAGUUGAAGGCUCAAGUGAAGGCCAAACAACAAGAACUACAGUUAUAGUUAAUGGUCGUCCUGUGGAUAUUACCGACACCGGUAUAGACCCAACCUUCCUCGAAGCAUUACCUAACGAGCUUCGAGAGGAAGUACUUAAUCAGCAUUUGCCACCAGAAAGACGUAAUAGGCCUCCAGUUACUAGUGGAGCUGGUGAUGUUAUUAGUCCCGAAUUUCUUGCAGCUCUUCCAGAUGACCUUAGAGAAGAAAUUAUUCAACAAGAAGAAGCACUUGAGCAAGAAAGAAUUAUUCGUCAGCGAACUUCGGAACCCGCUGCCGCUGAAAUGGACACUGCAAGUUUCUUCGCUUCGUUGGAUCCACAAUUACGACAAACAGUUCUUCUUGAACAAGACGAGAUGGUUCUAGCGUCAUUGCCACCAGCAAUAGUUGCUGAAGCUAACGCGCUACGAGAAAGAGCUAGCCGCAGGUAUACAAACGCAGUACGAUCAAGAACAUUAACUGCACCUCAAAUUCAAGCUCCUAAAAAACCUUCAAUCCAUCGUGACGCGGUAAAACUUGUUGACACCCCGGGAUUAGCUACUUUAGUCAGACUUUUGUUCCUUCCUCAACCUUUGGGCAAUAAAAAUUUAUUGCAUAAAUUAUUACUAAAUCUUUGUGAAAAUAGCAAAACACGUGGUGAAUUAAUUUCAAUGUUAUUAUCCGUUCUUUUCGAUGGUAGCGGAGAUGUUACUGCAGUCGAUAAAAGUUUUGCUCAAAUGUCUUUAAAGGGUAAGGGAACGCUUAAAGGGACACCAAGAAGGCAAUCAAGUCUUCCAAAUUCGUCACUAGCACAAAUAACACAAGCUGCCGGUGAAAAUGUACCAAAUUUAAUUGCACAACGAUGUUUAGAAGCGUUAACAUACAUUGUAACAUACAACGAAGCCUCUGUUACGUAUUUCUUGAUUGAGCAUGAUAAUAACAUUGGUCUUAAGAGAUCUAAUAGCAGAAAAGGUAAAGAGAAACAAGCAAAGGCGUUAAGCAAAUAUCCUGUAGUGAUAUUACUAAGUCUACUCGAUCGUCAAGUGUUUAUUAAAAAUACCGCAUUAAUGGAUCAGUUAAUGCAUUUACUUUCGUUCGUUUUACGUCCUUUAUCUACAUUGACAAAGACAGAUUCUAACAAUGCUGAUGGAGAUUCUGGAGCUUCUGCAAAUGAAGAUUCUCGAAAUCCAGCGACAGCUUCUUCUUCGACAUCAUCAGAACCAGCUCAACCUGUUCUAAAACCUCCAGUUAUACCUGAUUAUUGUUUGCGUUUGGUAGUUAACGUUCUUACUGCUGGUGAAUGUACAAGCAACACAUUUAAAUAUACACUGACAGUUAUUCAACAUCUUUCGACCUUAAAUGGAGCUCGUGAUGUUAUUACAUCAGAAUUAGUUGACCGAGCUCAAUCGCUUGGGAAUGAUAUACUUGAUGAUCUGGAUGAGUUGGCUCAAAUCUUGCAAAAGGCAGACACUGGUGUUGAUGUACAGGGUGUCACCUUGGCCAAAUUUUCACCAUCUUCAUCACAACAGGCAAAAUUGUUACGUGUUCUCAAGACCAUCGAUUAUAUGUAUUCUCGCAAGCAACAAUCAACAACUACUACUUCAACAAAUGCUCAAGUAUCAUUAGCCCCUACGGUAGAUCCGGACGAAGUUGAUGUUGUGGCGCCAAGAACAUUGUUGGAUGGUGGUAGAGGUUCUAAACUGACCGAAGAUGAAGAAAAGGUUAUGAUAAUUUAUGAUAGUCUUAAAUUUACCGAACUUUGGAAAAAACUCGGAAAAUGUUUGACUACUAUACAUGAAAAACCUGAUAUGAUUCAUGUGGCAACUGUUCUUUUGCCACUCAUAGAGUCGCUUAUGGUUGUAUGUAAAUACGUGGGAAUGGCACCUUCUACUACUCAAAAAAUAACAUCACCCGAACCACAAUCAUCAUCUUCCGAAGGCAUGGAAGAACUAUUCUUUACGUUUACCGAAGAUCAUCGAAAGAUUCUUAAUACGAUGGUCCGAAAUAAUCCAUCAUUAAUGAGUGGAUCAUUUUCAUUACUUGUACAUAAUCCAAAGAUUCUUGAAUUUGACAACAAACGAAACUAUUUUAACCAACAACUUCACAAACGAACAAAUGGUCGUGAUCAUUAUGGUACUUUACAACUCAACGUUCGUAGGCAGUAUGUAUUUGAAGAUUCCUACCAAAACUUGCAAAGAAGAACGGGAGACGAAAUUAAAUAUGGUAAACUUAGUGUUCGUUUCUAUGAGGAAGAAGGUGUAGAUGCCGGUGGAGUGACAAGAGAAUGGUUCCAAGUUCUUGCUAGACAAAUGUUUGAUGAGAAUUACGCACUGUUUAAGACCUCAGCGGCAGAUCGAUUAACUUAUCAGCCAAAUAGAGCAUCAGAUGCAAAUCCAGAACAUUUAUCAUUCUUUAAGUUUGUUGGUCGUGUCAUUGGUAAAGCAAUUUAUGACGGCAGACUUUUAGACGCAUACUUUACUCGCUCAUUCUAUAAACAUAUUCUUGGAAAACCUGUUGAUUAUCGAGAUGUCGAAGCUAUUGAUUUAGAAUAUUACAAUAGUCUUGUAUGGAUGUUAAAUAAUGAUAUAACAAAUGUUGUUGACUUAACAUUUAGUGUAGUAACUAACGAUUUUGGUCAAGAGAAAGUUGUUGAUUUGAAACCUAAUGGCAGUAAUAUUACGGUGACAGAUGAAAAUAAACGAGAAUAUGUUAUGCUCGUUACAGAACAAAGACUUACAUUGGCGAUUAAAGAUCAAAUAGAGCAUUUCCUUGCUGGCUUCCAUGAAAUUAUUCCUGCACAUUUGAUCAGUAUAUUUAAUGAGCAAGAAUUAGAACUACUUAUAUCAGGAAUGCCAGAUAUUGAUAUUGAUGAUUGGAAAAAUAACACAGAAUAUCAGAACUAUACAUCAUCGUCUCCUCAAAUACAAUGGUUCUGGAGAGCUGUACGGAGCUUUAGUCAAGAAGAGAGGGCAAAACUCUUACAAUUCGUUACUGGUACAUCCAAGGUACCAUUGGAAGGCUUCUCUGCAUUACAGGGUGUUCAUGGAGUUCAAAAAUUCCAGAUUCAUAAAGAUUUCUCAAGCCCAGACCGUCUCCCUUCUGCUCACACAUGCUUUAAUCAAUUGGAUAUUCCCGAAUAUGAAGAUUACGAGCAGUUAAGGUCGCAGUUAUUAUUAGCAAUUUCGGAAGGAACAACAGGAUUUGGAUUCCA